AUGCCUCGGGAAGGGGCGGCCUUGCCUCGGGAAGGGGCGGCCUUGCCUCGGGAAGGGGCGGCCUUGCCUCGGGAAGGGGCGGCCUUGCCUCGGGAAGGGGCGGCCUUGCCUCGGGAAGGGGCGGCCUUGCCUCGGGAAGGGGCGGCCUUGCCUCGGGAAGGGGCGGCCUUGCCUCGGGAAGGGGCGGCCUUGCCUCGGGAAGGGGCGGCCUUGCCUCGGGAAGGGGCGGCCUUGCCUCGGGAAGGGGCGGCCUUGCCUCGGGAAGGGGCGGCCUUGCCUCGGGAAGGGGCGGCCUUGCCUCGGGAAGGGGCGGCCUUGCCUCGGGAAGGGGCGGCCUUGCCUCGGGAAGGGGCGGCCUUGCCUCGGGAAGGGGCGGCCUUGCCUCGGGAAGGGGCGGCCUUGCCUCGGGAAGGGGCGGCCCUUGCCUCGGGAAGGGGCGGCCCUAAACCCUAA